AUGAUUCAUCUGAUAGAUUUUUCUCUUUUACAGUUUCUACAUUCCGAUCGAGUUCGCUUUGACGCAGCCGAUUUGGACAAGAAUCAUCAGCUCUCAGCCUCGGAGCUUGCAAUGUUCCUAUGGCCACAACACUAUCCUUCCCUGAAACAAACACAGGCCUUGAUGAUCCUCGCUUCUUUAGAUACAAAUCAAGAUAUGGCGGUCACCAUGGAUGAGUUCGUGGGUGAAUAUUGGUUCCGGUCGCUUGAGUCUAACCCCCGAAACCUAAAUUCGAAUCUUCGUCCGCAAAAACCAUGGUGGUUAGAUCAUAAUAUAAAAGUUCCAGAACUGGACAUAAAAAUACUUUUAUGCAGAAAAGAACGAAAAAGCCGUGAGAUGAGCGGAGUCAAUGUUUAG